UAGAGCGUGCAGUGACAGUGGGAAGCACAACCCGCGAGCAGCGAGCGCGAGGCACAGACCGUGUGAAGCUGUGUGAACUAUAAGUGGACCCAACACGCGCAGCGCGAGAGAUGACUGACCACGCAGCCGUUUGGAACAAAUGACAGAAGUUUACACACGCUGGGUUUGAAAUGCGAAGAUGCCAGCAGCAGAAAAUGAACGUCAUUUGAUUACAUUUAGGAAUAAGAAGAUGCUGUUGACCGUUUUACCUCCAAUGGAUGCCUGAAGUUUCUCCAGCAGAAUCAGCAGCAGCUUUUGAACUGAAAGGGUCUCUUGGUGGAAGUCUGCCAGCGGGGGGCCAGGAUGUGGCCCCCUGACCUCGGGCCUCCAGACGUCCAGCUGACUCUUCCUGGCUUCGGCAGUGUGUUUGAGGAUGCCGAGGACCCUCAGGCGCCGCUGUCUUCUGGUGGCUUCUGUCAGUCCUCCAUGCAUUCAGGUGGUCUCGGUGUGUGCUGUCUUCCAAGGACUUCCCUGUCCUCGCUGGGCCGCGACCUCACCUCCCACAUAGAAAAGACAAUGGAGGACUUUGCCACCCCGGGGCACACAGAUCCUAAACACAACACCCAGAGGUUCAGCUGUUACCCCCAGCCCUCCCUCCCUUUAUCCUACAUGCUCUCUAGCUGUACCACAUCGCCUCCUUUUGGCUCUCCACCCUCCUCUCUUUCCUCUUCCUUCUCCUCAUCAUCUUUGUUUUUUUCCUCCCCUCUUUCUGAUGCACCUGGUGGCAACAAGACUCCUCAUCUACAACAAAAGAUACAGGAAGAGUAUCACUCAAUAAAACAAGAGCCUGCAGAUGAUUUCUCACCGUGUAAGAGGGAACAGUUUCAAAACAACAACCAGCAGGGGGAGCCGUUCCAUGUGGGCCAGACCUUUAAAGGUCAGGAAGGCCCCCAACUUCACAUCCCGAGGCUUAACGGACCCUUAGGCCAGGACCCUUCAGUGGACCAUCAGGACCAGCCACUGACGUGCCACUGGAUCGACUGCAGCGCCACCUACUGCAGCCAGGAGGAGCUGGUGAGGCACAUCGAGAAGGUUCACAUCGACCAGCGCAAAGGAGAAGAGUUUUCCUGUUUCUGGGCCAGCUGCGUGCGACGCAACAAACCCUUCAACGCUCGCUACAAACUGCUCAUCCACAUGAGGGUCCACUCCGGAGAGAAGCCCAAUAAAUGCAUGUUUGAGGGCUGCCUCAAGGCGUUUUCCCGUCUGGAGAACCUGAAGAUCCACCUAAGGAGCCACACGGGAGAGAAACCGUACAUCUGCCAGCACCCCGGCUGCCUCAAGGCCUUCAGCAACUCCAGCGACCGCGCCAAACACCAGCGCACACAUCUGGACACGAAGCCGUACGCCUGUCAGCUCCCAGGAUGCACCAAGCGCUACACCGACCCCAGCUCGCUACGGAAACACGUCAAAGCUCAUUCCGCCAAAGGCCUUCAGGAGAGAGAGGUCAAGGUUCAGGUGCACACGCCGCUGGAGUCGGACAUUUUGAGCGAUUGUCUGGCGAGGCAGCAUCUCCACCAGGGAAACAACUCGCCUUUACCCGGCGUCGAUGACUUCACAGGUGUGUACUCCAACAGCAGCUCCGUCCACAACAGGGCAGAGUUCCUCCCUCCGUCCGCGGACACCUGCUCCAGGUAUCGAGGCGUGGAGGGAAACUUUGAUGCCAACAGCCCGAUAUCUUCACUGACGAGCGUGAGAGAAGGGAACAGACCGGCGUCACUGUUCAUGUCGGCUGACGUCAGCCCGGUGAGCCCCUCCUCAGAAAGAGGAGAUGUCCAGCUGCAGGAGUACCACAAGAUCUACAGCCAUCAGCAGCAGGCGUUCUCACAGCAGCCAGGUUGUCUGUACGGAGAGGGAAAGGCGCUUCAACCAGGCAGCGACGGGGGCUUCGAACCCACCGGUUACUACUCAAACCCCCCCACCUCUCACUCUACAGGGUUCGACCUGUUGCAGGAGCUGCAGGGGGGGGGCGGGUACUCUGACGACAGCUUCCUGUUCCAGGCAGGAGGCGUCGACCGCUGCCUCAACCAGAUCUACUCCAUCUACCUGGACUCAUGAUGGCCAGAACCAAAAGAACUGAAGCCCAAAUCUCUGUGUCUUUGUGAAGACUAAAGGCAGCACGUAAGGUGUGUGUCAGCAGACAAUCAACGUGUAUUCUAGGCUGAAGGAGGCAGAAAAUGUGUCAGUGGGAGUUUUAAUGGCUCAAACUAAAUGCAAAAUAUAACUAAAGUCAGAGUGUCUUUAAUAGCGGUGACUUUUUUGUUCAGAGAUGACCACAGCAUUUGUGAUCUGAAUGAGCUAUGAGCUUUUAUUGGUUAGUUUGAUCUGAUAGAAACAGGUAGCUGAUUCUCUGGCUCCAGUAAGGUUCAUUCUGUCUCAAUUAAAUGUUAAAUACUGUCAUUUUUCAGCACGCAAUCUUUUAAUGUAGUGGUUUAAAACCUAAGGCCAAUAUAUACGUUUCUUGAAAUGAAGAUACCAAAGAACAAAACAACACUCUUCUGCUCUACAAGUUACACUUCAGAUGUGUCCAAUUUGUGUCUGCUCCCUUAUUCAAAUGAAAGCAAUCUGAAAAGUUAAAGGUCCCAUGUCGUGGCCAUUUCCACUGAUCAUAAUUCCAUUGUUGAGGUAUACUAAAAUAGAAAAAUA